ACCACAGAGCCCCCACAGUGGUUUCUAAAUAUGUGAAAAUGCUGCAUACAUUAAACGUAAACCUUCGCAAUUUUUUUAGGAAGAGUUAACGCUCGACCUGUCACUUGUCACGUGAUACAAUAGCAGUACUGGGUCGAAGAGAUGAUGAGCACCAGCGAGAGCUGGGUCCGCACUACCGAAGCGCUGGUUGACUUGAUAUACAAUUCUGUGCUGGAGGGAGACGCUAACCUGAAGUUAGGAUUUCUCUGGGCAGCUGAGGAGCUGUCAGGCUGAUUGAAUCGUUUGCCUCUCUUCUUUAUGAGCUGCCAGACACUCUGCCCCGAGAGAUGAGCAUGGCACAGCUGGCCUGGUGCCAGUCUCCACCGCCCUCCCUCUGUGAGCCCAGCAGCAGCAGUAACAGAAACAGUAGCAGCAGCAACAGUGGCAGCUUCCGUUCCAGCAGCAUCACAGCGCUUGGCCAGGCCCACUGAGAGCCAUGCUGUCGGGCAGUUGGCGCCGCUCGGGCCCCACGGUGGGCCGCGGGUCUCUGGGCUCAUCGGGGGGAGGCGGCGUGCUGCUGGAGGCCCAGUACGACUACUCGUACCGGGGGGCGGACGGGCGGCACGUGUCCAUCCACGAGGGGGAGCGUUUCCUGCUGCUGAAGAAGACCAAUGCCGACUGGUGGCAGGCACGGAGGAUCGGUGCCGGGCUCAAGGGCAAGCCCCUUUACGUGCCGGCCACCUACGUCAUCGAGGUGCCCAUCACCACCCUGCACUCGCCCCAGCCGGGUGGCCAGUACGCGAAGGCCCCCAGUAACAGACUGCUGCCUAGGGCCUCCUUUGGCUCCUUCACACAGGCGCAAGCACAAUGCCCAGCACCCAAAACGUUCUGCCGCUCCAUGGAGGACCUCAACUCCAACAGUGCCUUCAGGGGUGCGGGGUUGAUGGCGGGAUCAGUGGGCAGCCGCUUCCCCACCCUGCCCCUGCCAGUCAGCGCCCGCUCCUCCAUCACGUCCCCCUCUGGGCACCUCAUGGUCCCUGGGGGGCCGCAGGGAACCACGGGGCCAAUGCCGCGCAGCAGGAGCUCCACCAGCCUCCCCCAGAACCCGUACGGGGAGACAGGGGCCCUCAGCGGACGCAACACGCCCGUCAGCGGCCCCUCCAAAUCCUACAGCCACUGGGACAUGGCCGCGACCGGCCGCCGGCUUAGCCAGCAGGCAUACAGCCCCCAGCACGCCUUGCUGAAGUCGCCCGGUUACAGCACCCUGCAGACGGACCGGCAUCCGCAGCCCCCGCCGCCCACCCCCCCCCCAGGCCAGCCGCCGCUGCAGACUCUGGACCUGUGGGAGCAGUACCAUGACCCGGCCUCGGGCCGCGCGUUCUACGUCAACAGCGUCACCAAGGAGAGGUCCUGGAAGCCGCCCCGCCGAGCCAGAGAGCGCCGGCACGUGCCCAGCCUGGCUUCUCCCAUGCCAACUCUGCCUUGCGACACCAGCCACUUGUCUCUUCCUCUGCCAGAUACAGGCAGUGGCACCAUGCACAGGCUGUCCCCUAACUCUACUCACAAUUCGCAUGAUGUAAAUGGAGGCUGGCAGCUGAGACAGAGCAUGCAGCGUGCGGUUUCCUCAGACACCUUAAACUCCUCCUCUUUCACAACUGGCAACGCCCAGUGGUGCAACUCCCCACUUUUCAGGACCCGAGACCAGAUGAACCACUCCCACUCCAUGAUACUGCCCAAAUCCUCCCCAAACCACAAGGCUGCCAUGCAGCACAGGGACUACCAGGUCGCCCGUGUGGUGGUGGAGUCCCCGUCACCUGCCAGCUCCCCCGACAGCAUUGACAGCGUGAGCCCGGAACUGGAGAAAGCUGGUCUGCUGAAUAAGACCAAGAUUGCGGAGGGCGGCAGAAAACUGAGGAAGAACUGGAACCCGUCGUGGGUGGUUCUCGUGGGGAACAGCCUGGUGUUCUUCAAAGACCCCAAAUCACAAAGUCCCGCCAGCUGGAGACCGGGGAACAGUAGACCUGAGAGCAGUGUUGACUUGAGGGGAGCUCAGUUGCAGUGGGCCGAUACUCUUUCCAGCAGGAAAAAUGUCUUUAAGUUGAGGACCAUCACAGGCAACGAGUUCCUGUUGCAGUCUGACACAGAGUCCAUCAUUAAGGAGUGGUACAACACCAUCCAGAGUGUCAUCUACAGACUGGACCGUGAGAAUCCUCUGGAUAACGUGCUGCUGUACUCCAUGAGGAGAGCUGGCAGUGUGGAGAUGCUGGACCACAGUGGGGAUGAGGAGGAGACUCGCAGCGGGAACAAGGCUUCACUCCCUCGCUCCGCCUCCAACCUGGAGAACACGGAGAAGAAGCGUGUGCGGAGCCGCCUGAAGAAGCUCAUCCUGAAGAGGCCCCCGCUGCAGACGCUGCAGGAGAAGGGCCUUAUCAAAGACCAGGUGUUUGGCUGUCGGCUUGAGAUGCUGUGCGAGCGGGAGAGGAGUGCGGUGCCACGCUUCGUCAAGAUGUGCAUCGCCGCCGUGGAAAGGAGAGGGUUGGAGACAGACGGAAUCUACCGUGUCAGUGGAAACCUGGCGACAAUCCAGAAGCUGCGUUUUGCUGUCAACCAUGAGCGGGCGGUGACCACAGAUGGACGCUACCUCUUCCCACAGGAUUUGGUGCAAGAAGAGAAGUUGGACCUGGACCAUCCGCAGUGGGAGGACAUCCACGUGAUCACCGGCGCCCUUAAGCUCUUCUUCAGGGAGUUGCCUGAGCCCCUCAUCCCCUACAGCUCCUUCGAUGACAUCGUCGAGACAGUCAAAAUGUCGGAUUACUUGGAUAAGGUGGACCGGAUGAAAUGCCUGGUGACCAGCAUGCCUCCACCCAACCAUGACACUAUGAAGGCCAUGUUUUGUCACCUGAAAAGGGUGAUGGAGCUCUCCGACAUGAACCGCAUGUCGACCCAGAACAUCGGCAUCGUGUUCGGGCCGACCCUGAUGAGGUCGGAGCAGGACAACGGGAACAUGGCCAUCAACAUGGUCUAUCAGAACCAGGCCGUGGAGAUCAUCCUCAGCGGGUUCGACCGGAUCUUCGGACCCGACCCGCCGGACUCCCACUGACCCAGGCUCUGGAGCUCAGGGCACGGGACAGGACACUCUGAGCCAGCACACUGUGAAUUUCUCCAACCCCUUUAAGCCUCGCAGAAAAGACGGGUGUCAGGAUAGCGAGAGAGACGCAGAGCAACAUGAAACAGCUAGAAUUCCUACAGACGGCGCGCUUUCACGAGAAGACGCCCGGAUCGCUGCCAUUCACCAAGCACAUCCGUACAUCAGCCAUGAAUAAAUUGUCGUAAAUUGUGACGGGCAAAUAUUUAAGCCCUGCUUAUCCCGUCACGGGUCACAACUAUGGACAGAGAAGGUCAGAGGCCACUGUACAGUCCCACCUCUCCCAAACCCCUCCCAGAUCCGCAGUCAUACAUUCAUACUUAUUUAUCCAACAGAUGGCUUAAUCCAAAGCAACUUCCAGGACCGGGAACAUGUGUGUAUUUCCAGCAUGUGUCCCCCCUUAGAAACAAACCACAUGACCUUGGCAUGGAUAGCCCCUAUCUGUCCCGUUAGGGCAACAGGGACACACGCUGUUGUACCAGUUCAGCUAUAUGAAUGGUCCGACUUAAACCUGUGCAAAUACAGUCUACUGCAGCAAUAGUAGCAUUACGUAAGAAGAAAUAGGCUGAAAGUGUGUGAGUAGCUUCAUGGCAUGUACAGAGGCUUUAGAGUGUACAGUUGAAGAUGGAGAGAGAGAGAGAGAGAGAGGUUGAAACCGGAAUGCCACCCUUUAAAACCUCAAUAUUAUGAUAAUUAUGUUGUUUAUGUAUAAAGAUAAUACUGGAAAGAAAUCUCCCUUCUCAAUGGUUGACUGCAGACACCAUGCCAGUGCUAAUGAGUGCUUGCCUGGGAUUUAUAUUUGUAAAAUGACACAGAUUAUCUUUGACAUUGCAGAUGUUACACCAAGUCCAUGUUUUGUGAGGUGGAACAGACAUCAAACUAUUGAAAACGCCAAAAGUGACAAACCAGGGAAAAUAACAGGGAUGGAUGCUCUUACCGAAAGACUGUAAAUGGCCACUUUAACAGAAGAAUAGGACUAUUAAUGUUUUUAGAGCGAGGGCUUAUCCAAAGGUCUAUGUAAUCCAUCCUUAGUAGCUUCUGGAUUUUGUUGUUCUAGUUUAGUGUGGGUGUGUGGUGAGAGGUUGCGUGAGAGAUACGGAAAAGCGUGGAGGUAUGUAUGCCACUUAGCAAGAGGGUGGAGUGCACCCAUACGAUUGGUCCAAACUCUGCUUUUAAUAACAGAACAAAAGAGGAACUAGAAAUGCAUAUGGUUGAAAAAGAGCAGCUUUUUUUUCCCCCCUCUGCGGCUUUGGUAAUUUUAUAUUGACUGUGGCUUUGGCAGGACACGAAAAAGAUCGAGAGAGAAGAAAAGUAGAGAGGGAAAAAAAGAAAGUAUACAAGUAUUUUAAUGUUUGAUUUUUAUAUAUUUAUUCAUUUUUUUAUUUUCGUUUUAUUUCAAGUCCCAAGAGUGGUUCGCAGGGUGAGAGGGGGGAUG